AUGAGCUCAAUUUUGCUCUUAAUUUGCGGCUUAGCAUUUCUAAAUAUUUUUUCUUUCAGUGAUUCGAGUCCAAGUGACAAUGACGAUGGUUUGAUUAAUGUAGCAAGUCAAAGUGAACAUCCUAUCGGUAUUGUAGAAAAUCUCGAAGAAUCCAUAACCAAAGCUUUCGAAGGAUUUAAAAAUGUGAUGUUGAAAGGAGACCAGGAGUUGGGUUAUCCUGUUAUGGAUCCUUAUACCCUGGGAGACGUUUCGUGGGAUUAUAUCGAUACAUCAGGCAGUAAAAAAUACAGUGUGAAAUUUUUCAACAAAAAAGAGAGCAAAAUACAUGGACUCUCCAACUACGCUAUAGAGGAUUUGAGAGUUAACGCUGAGGAAAUGUUGGUAUCUUUCAAUCUCAUUUUAUCCGAUGUACAAACUGAAAUUGCUUACAAAUUAGAUGGAUUUAUGUUUAAGAGAAUGAUGCCCCUAUAUGGCGAAGGCGUUGUCAAGCUCUCUGCUCCUACUCAACGUUUGGGUAUUACGAUUGAUUUGGAUGUUGUGAAUGGAUACAUUGUAGUUGAUCUUGUAAAUACUGAACGAUAUGAUGAUGAUGAUACAAACGUGAAAGUCACCAAUUUCAUGGACCUACCUGGCAAGUUCGGUGAUUACGCAGUAGAUGACAUUUUGGAUAGAAUUAUGCAACGACAUGGAGACAUAGAAUUGCGAAAAUUCAUCAGCAAUACGGUCGAAGAAGUUGUUGGUGGAAUGACGAUGAAAGAAUUUUCAGAUUUUCUUGCAUAUUUUGUGAAAAAAAGUGAUAAACAGUAA